AAUCUUCCAGAACAAUAACAUUUCCCUCCAAAUCCAUUCUCAAACCUCUAGGGCUUUUCUUCAGUUCUCUCCCUGCGUUCCCUCCGUAUAGCUGAAACCUCAUUUUUCCGAUUGGAAGAGACAAAAGAACAAAGAAAAAUUCAACUUUUGCGAUAAAUCUCUGAAUUUAUUUUACUGAUCGGAGCUUACACCGUGAAACGGCCAAGUUGUACGAGCGCAAAAUCGCAAUGUACGAGCGCAAAAUCGCAAUUAGCCUAUCUGUAUCUUGAUAGUUCGAGAGCUUUCUUCGCAAGCAACUAAAUCAAAGCUUUGGCGCAGAAUUUUGGUUAACGUUUAGUCUUAUGAAACCUGUGGAUAUCAAUCCAAACGAUGAAUGGGUAAAUAUGGCCAUGGCUGGAGUGUCUCCACAGAUAUUAAUGAAGAGUGCACACAGGAGUAUCAUGUUUUACAUUGGGCAAAAGGAACUGGAAAUGCAGUUCAAGAUGAACAGAAUAGUAGCUCAAUUCCGGCAGAAAUGUGAAGCAAUGCAAGAAAAGUUCACUGAGAAAUUGGAACAGGUGCAUACUGCAUACCAGAAAAUGGUGAAGAGGUGUCAAAUGAUGGAACAAGAGAUUGAAAGCUUGUCCAAAGAUAAGCAGGAGCUCCAGGAAAAAUUUGCAGAGAAAUCCAGACAGAAGAGAAAACUAGAUGAAAUGUAUGAUCAAUUGAGGAGUGAGUACGAGUCAGUUAAACGAUCUGCCCUUCAACCUGCGACCAAUUUCUAUUCAAGAAAUGAGCCUGAUCUUUUCUCAAACCAAGCUAACAUCUUGGAUAACAGAGAAGCUGUUAGAAAAGAUUGGCCGGUUCUCACUCCUGAAACUCCAGGGCCAAAGGAGGAUAUAUGGCCAGCAAGACAGAAUAGUUCAAACUCUGGUGGUCCUUUUGACAUCUCUGUUGGCUCACCGGCAAAACAAGCUGCUAUUCCAGUUGAUGCUGUGAACAGAAGGGCUGGUGCUCACCCUAUGUUUGGAACUGGAGCUAGCAACCCCUCAAUGACCUUAAGGAACUUGAUACUCUCCCCAAUAAAGAGGCCUCAGCUCUCUCGUAACCGUCCUCAGAUGUUCACGUUCUAGGCUUGAAGUCGAGAGUUCACUGUUUGCCGAAGGUCAUGCUGGAUAUGUUUACUAUGACUGUAAUUUCUUUUUUAGGGAAAAAAAAAAAGAAAAAGAAGAAAAAAAGAAGAAUCUCGUAACAUGCCUCCUGGUGACCCUUUGCUUUGGGUGAAGCUGUCGAGAGUAUCCCGCAUCGGAGAGGGA